UUUUUUGGCUAUUUUGCGCAGGCGAUAUUGCAUUCUUAUCGUCAAAACAAUUAAAUUAAUAUGUACGAUUUUAUGUUUUCAGUAUAAUGUAAUGUAAUUAUAACGUAAUGAGCAAUUAAAUAGUUGCUACGUAUACUUUAAUUUUCGAUUCCUCUUCGGUUUAAUGUUUUGUAAUUUGAGUAAAAUUUGAAACUGAGCUCAACUCGUUCUUUGUCUCGAAGUGUGACAAGAAAAUCCAUAGAAUUUGUACCAGUUUCGCAUCAUCAUAUCAAGUUUACCAGAAGUUGAGACUUCUGCGGCGUAAUGGCUGAAAAACGUAAGGUGAAAAGGAAAAGAGAUGAGGAUUUCGAUUUCGACAAUAAGAAGAUACCGAAACCAUCUAAAGAUGAAAUCGCAGUGGCCAAAUGGUUAAAGAAGAAUGUUCCUGUGAAGAAAACUAAAUUUGCCGGACACAAUGUCGAAUAUUUUACUGGUUCCAAAGCUGUUGAUGCGCUUUUAGAUUCAGAAUGGAGCCGAAAAAAAGGCGACAAAGAUCCUUUCUUCAAUACCCGUCAAGAUAUUAUCCAUUUCCUAAACAAUAUGUUACGGCAUAAACUUUUCCACCGGGCGAAAAAAGUUCCGGUCUCUGAACAAGAACUUAAAGCCAAAAUGAAGAAAAAAGAUAAAAAAUUCGGCGAAAAGGAUGAUAAAAAAAGAAAAGAAGAAGAAACAGCCGAAAGCAGUCAUGCUGAAGGAAAAGAUGCCGAAGAUAAAACAAAAAUAGGAGCACAGGAUGAUCGUCAGAAGAAAUGUAAAAAAAUUAAACUCGAAAUGCAUUUUGAACAAAUGUUUGUCGAUAAUUUAGACGCAUAUGUUUGGAUUUAUGACCCCAUACCAAUUUAUUAUUGGGUAAUUGGAGCAUUUUUUGUCUUGGGAGGCAUUUUAAUCUGCCUGUUUCCUUUAUGGCCACCUUCUGUUCGAAUGGGAGUGCAAUAUUUAAGCAUGGCGGCUGCUGGUCUUCUGAUCUUAAUAUUAGCUUUAGCUGUUAUACGUUUAAUAAUAUUCUGUAUAGUUUGGUUGUUAACGUGUGGAACUUUGCAUCUAUGGUUACUUCCAAAUUUAACCGAAGAUGUUGGAUUCUUCGCUUCCUUCUGGCCCCUGUAUGAGUACAAAUACGGUAAACAAACUGAUAAAGGUAAAGAUAAAAAGAAAAAGAAAAAAGUCAAAUAUUCCGAUAACGAAGACGACGCAGGUAACGAAAAGGAAAAGAAAGGAAAGAAACAGAAGAACAGUAAUGAUGAUCGAUCAGAUUACGAACCACUGGAUGGCGCUUAUGAUCAAGUAUCGUCGUUCGAAGGUGACGCUAAUACUGAGGAAUAUGAUUUAGAAGAGAAUGAUAAUAGAGAACGAAAUGACGAUUCGGAUGAAGGCGACGAUGAUACUCAAGGCGAUACUAACGAUGAUUUGGAAGUCGAUACCGAAGACGAUGAUAAUCUGGAAACGUACGAUGAUUCGAAAAAUACUAAAUCGUCCAAAAAAAGUCCCAAAAAUUCCAACAAAGAUAAUCAUCCUAGUGACAAAAAAGCUAAAAAAUCAAAGGGCAAAGCCAGUAUAUCAAGAAAUGAUUCAGAAGAAACCGAUACAGAAUCCAGUAGCCAACAUUCUCAAACAGGCAAAGAUUUCGAAAUUAUUGAUAAAGAAGAUUCUGACGUCAAAUCAUAAAUACUCGAAAGUUCGAAACGUAUUACGGUAGCGUGGACGUUACGACCACUUUAAUGAACGUAACUGUAUUUAGAAGAUACUGCUUUUAAAAUUUAAUAAAUUUAAAGCAUUUCAAUUAUUCUUAUAACUGUGUGCCUCGAACUGUUAUUGUAAAUACUUAGUUACUUCUGUUCGUAUCCAUCCCCUCAUGAAAACAUCUUCACUAAAAUAACGUGCUCUAUGUGUAUUUUCGUUUAGAUUCGGAUUUUUAUAAUACUAAAAACAUCUGCUACGUAAGUGUAUUUGAAGGAACUUGUCUUUGUAUGAUUGAAUUUUAGAUCGAUUGAAAAAUCCUUUCAGUUCUCCUACUUUUCUUUUUUUUAUUAGUAUUUUUUUUGAAGCCAUUGUACUUUUUAUAUUAUCGUUUCCAUCCCUUUCCUCACUAUUUUUUCGUUUUAGAAUCUUACAGUUUAAUUCUUGUAGUUGUGAGUUUCCAUAUAAAGAAUAAGAUGUGAACUUUUUUUAUACAUUGUAAUUUGUUAUGUGUACAUUCGAUUUCUGCAAUAGCGAUGAAUUUAGCUGUUGACGUGUUCAUUCGCGAAAUGCUGCGAACAAUUUCCUUUUCCUUUUUUAUUUAAAAAUAAAACAUGCUUCUUA